AUGUGUCCGGGGUUCCUGCCCCACAGUGGGUCUUUGAUGGCUGCUUUGACUUCCUCUUUGCUUCAGAUCGACUACACUGGUGUGAGCAGUGACAGCCCGUGCUACAACUGUGCGAAGAACUUCACCUGGAACACCACAGAGCCCUGCGUCUGCACCGUCAACUUCACUUUGCUCCAGCCGUUUGAGAGCAAUGUCUUCAUGUACUACGGCUUGUCCAACUUCUACCAGAACCACAGACGCUAUGUGAAGUCCAGAGAUGACAGACAGCUGAACGGUGACCUGUCUGCUCUGACGGAUCCCAGCAAGGAGUGUGAGCCGUACCGUAAGAGCGGAGAUGUGUCCAUUGCUCCGUGUGGGGCCAUCGCUAACAGCCUUUUCAACGACACUCUGGUGCUGUACUACGUCGAUUCCAACAACAGUAAAAUUGAAGUUCCUCUGGUAAAAAAAGGCAUCGCGUGGUGGACGGACAAGCAUGUGAAAUUCAGGAAUCCCGCUGGAAACAGCAACCUGACUUUAGCUUUCCAAGACACGGCGAAGCCGGUGAACUGGGCGAAGCCGGUGUACGAGCUGGACCCGUCGGAUCCCGAUAACAACGGCUUUAUCAACGAGGACUUCAUCGUGUGGAUGCGCACGGCUGCGUUGCCCACCUUUCGGAAGCUCUAUCGCAUCAUCCAGAAGAAGUCUGGCACCACCCCAACUCUGCCCAACGGGAAUUAUAUGUUGAACAUCACCUACAAUUACCCCGUGCUCAGUUUUGAUGGUCGCAAGCGGAUGAUCCUGAGCACCAUCUCCUGGAUGGGAGGAAAGAACCCCUUCCUGGGCAUCGCCUACAUCACCGUGGGCUCCAUCUGCUUCUUCCUGGGUGUGGUUCUGCUCAUCAUCCACCACAAAUACGACAACCGCAACACCAGCGCGGAUAUCCCGAGCUAAAUGGCACGUCGCACGCUCGGGCCUCUGCAUGCACGAGUGCGAACGCUGCACCAGGCUGUCGUGCGGUAGCGUCUCCAGUUUGUCAUCAAAGCUGUGUUUAAGCGUAGCGAGGCGUCUCCGUGUGUCUCUGUGUAUAUAGCUUCAGGCCGAUUUGCUGAGAAUGUCUGUUUUCGUCUUCAGGUUUGCAGUCUUUUAUUUAUCUGAACAUUAUCAAAGCACCUGUUUCGUUUUAGCAGUGCUUUGCGAAUGGCUUAAUUAUUGAAGGAUGUAUGUAAUUUUAAUGCAAGUUUUUGUCCAUAUUAUGUAAAGUUAUAUGUCCUGCUGAUGAAUGUACCGUAACACUUCAUUGACAUACCUCUGUGGGUUCUGACAUUACCUUGAAUACUGAAGGUGAUUAUGAUUGCUUGGAUAAAUACUGAUAUUCAAGAGUCAUAAAGCAUUAAUAAGAAGUAAUAACAGAAAUUUUUCUGCCCUCCACUGUGACCGAGGAGCCUGUCUUUUAUUUAUCACUCAUAAAACUUCCUUUAUACAGUAUUCCUAAUUCAAAGGUGGUGUCUCUGGGUGGGUGGAGCACGAGAAUUCUUAAUUUAUUGUUUGUUAUUGGUUUGGCCAGAGUGUGAAGUCAUCUGUGAUUGGUUAAUGUUGACCAAACGAUAUGCACUUUAAAAGUGUCCCGUUUGUUCGGUUCCCCUUGUUUCGCCCUUCUGGACUGUUCUUGGUUUUUUAUGCUGUUAAAACUUUCAAUUUGAGCUCCUUGGCUUUUUAUAAGGUUUGUAGGGUCCAAUUAAAGAACUUGGUCAAUGU